UAUUGAUCCUAAAUUGCUACGUUCCGGCCUUUACGUUUUUCCCCUUUUAUUAAUAACAUUUAGUAUCAUAACACGCUUUUCUAACUUAAGUCUAUACAAGUCAGAGGAUCAUCACGUGUUGUGGAGUUUGUAGACCUAAAGGAUUUGGAAAUGCAGAUGCUACAUUCAGGCGCAUUUUAAUUUUUGAAGCGCAUCGAGUGUUUAGUUCAUCAGUCAGAUCACGAAUCUGCGCCUCAUCCUGGAUACAGACGCGACGCUGAUUCCCCUUUAUUCAAUGUCGGGUUCAUCUGUCUCUUACCGCCUGUUGUUUUUGGGAAGCAGUGCACAGACUAAGCCUUUUGCCACCUUUGUAACAUUUAACUCACCAGACAUCCGAGUCGCAUCCUAACAAGUGCACACGUCCACCAGGCACACAAGUGUGCAAUCUUACAGCCUUCUCGCUCCCUACCCCUGCGCUAUGAGCAGAGGUGGAGGAGGCUCUAACAAAGAUUACCAGCAAUUCUCCCUCCCAUACCACCAGGGUAAAUCUCGGUUUUAUUACCCGUGCCAAACAACCUCCGGUCACCCAAGGGGCCCUCGUGUCCCAAGCCCCAGCUCUGUAUCUGGCAGGUACCCUCAUCCUUCCAUUUACUCUUCUUACCCUGCAGCUCCUGGUGUGCCUCCACAUGGUCCUCCUUUUACCCCAGCUCUCUCUGAUCCACCCCUGUGGGCAUCCUCCGGGCACAGCAGUAAUCGGAUCUCAGAUACAAAUGGUAUAAGCUUCCAACAACAACAGGUGCAGUUCCUCAGGGGAGAGAGUGCACAGGCUCCGCAAUUCAAAACACCCCAACCGCGUGGGUCCCAAAGCUCCAGCCGAGGAGAAGAGGGUGCCACUUGGCCUUUUCAGUACCAAGCAGAGUUUUACAACUUUGGAAGGAGAGAGGGCUAUAGCCGCGACAGGGCAAACUGGCAAAGGGAUCAGAACUUUGGAUAUACAUCUGGACCUAAGAGAAAAUCAAGGUGGAUUCAACAGCACCAACAGGAACAGAAUUAUCAGAAUCUGAAUGCUAAGCACUACUGGAAGGCAGAUGAUGUGUCCAGUCUGUCCUCAGGCCUUCAUAGUCUGCGUUUAGAUGACCGGGUAACAAGGUUAGAGAACUCUGACACCCUGUUGUCCUGCAGUAGCUUUGCCAAGGUUUCUAGUUCAUCUGGCCUGGUCAGAGACUCUCUGUGUUUGACCCCUGAGAUCCAGAACCAGGUCCUCACUUGUUUGACGUCACUUGGGCCAGACGAGACUCUUCAGGCCAAGGUCUUGGCCAGAAAACUUGGUCUGCCCAAGAAGAUCAUUAAUAAAGCCUUGUAUAUCCUCUUAAAGUCAAAAAAAGCAGUCAAACCAAGUGAGAUUCCUCCUCUGUGGAGACUCCGCAAAGAAGAAGACGGUGAGCCCAUCGAAGAGAGAGAUAGAACAUGGUCUUCAAAGGGCGCUGAGAAAUCCAAAAGACAAGAGACUAGAGCAGAUCGCAACAGCACCAGCGCUCACUCAGAAGCACAGAUCCUUGUUGAGGCUAUCAGUGAAACCAGCAACGAAUCUGAGGAGUCUGACGGUGACUAUACUUCUGAAACAUUGCUUCCUGAUCAGAAUCAAAAGACACUUUUACCUGCAGCACAGUCAGAAAUCUUGUCAACAAUGGCAGAUUCUAAAGACAACAAAGAGCAUGUACUACAGUACCUCUAUGUAUCGGGUAUGGCCAGUGCGCUUGUGAUCGCCAAGAACCUCAGCCUGCGGAGUGCCAAGCAGAUAAAUCCUACACUCUAUGCCCUUGAGAAACAGGGUGAUGUAAGACGUAAUGCAGAAGUUACACCACAUAUCUGGGAGCUUAGUGCACACCGCCUGGAGAAGAUGGACCGCCAGCGGAGAGCUGCUGCACCCACAAAACUGGAUGUGAACAGUGCUGAGAUGUCACACUCAACAGCAGCCAAAUUUGCAGACCCUUCAACUGGUAAGUUAGAAGCAGCUGGUGAUGUAGGAUUUUCGAGAGGUGCCAGUGAGUUUGCAGCAGCAGAGCCGAUGGAUAGGAGUGACAAUCUAUUGAGCAUGAUGGCAGUGGAAAAGGAUAAACAUUUUGGGAAUGCAACCCAUGACAUGCCUGGCCUUGAGCUCAUCACCAGAAACCCCAGUGACCUGUCGUCCUCCACCUUCCACCAUGAUUUUUCUUACUAUCAGGAUAUGGCCAGUAAUGGAGGAGAACGCUCACAGUGGGCCUCUGACGAUAUUCCAGAGUUUUUAAACACGAUCAGAUCAGAGGUCGCUGUAUCGCUUGCUGCUCCCCCUCCUCCUGCCCAAAGCCUGGAGUUAAGCAAGUUUCAAAAGCUAAAAGAGGCCUGCUCUAAGAACCCAGUUAGUGGGCUGAUGGAGUUUGCUCAGCACCUCGGAGGCACUUGUGAAUUUCUACUGCUUGACCAGUCUGGACCCUCACAUGACCCCAGGUUUCGGAUGCAGGUCAUAUUAGAUGGUCGCAGGUUUCCACCUGCUGAGGCAUCGAACAAAAAAGUGGCAAAAAAAGAUGCUGCAGCUAUAACCCUGAAGAUUCUUUCCAAAGAGAUGGGUGGAACUGGUGUAGAGGAAAAUGCAGACCCAUGCGUUGGGGGUUCUGAGUCAACGCCUGACAUGGCAGAUGACACUCUUGGUGGAACGGACACUCCGCCCCAGGCUCUGUCCAGGUCUCUACCUGGUGGAAAGAACCCUGUAUCUGUCCUGAUGGAGCACAGCCAACGCAGUGGGCACCCCAUCCAGUUUAUCAACACAGGACAGGAAGGGCCUCCCCAUGAUCCACGGUUUAUAUUCCGUGUAAUGGUCGGGGAGCGGCUCUUCCCAGAAGCCUCAGCACCCAGUAAGAAAGCAGCAAGGCAGCUGGCGGCAGAGGAGGCUGUGAAAGAACUAACGGGAGAUGGACAACUGCAUUUUAACAAGACUCCAGGUCAUUUCUGCCUGCUGGGUGAAAACGAGUCCCAGCCAGCGAUUCCCGCAUGCCCCUCGCUACCCCCCCUGACGGCAGAAGAACUCCAGGCGGCCCAUGAAGCAGGUGUGGGUGACCUCAUCAACCACCUUAACAACAACGCUGUGUCUGGCCUGCUAGAGUACGCCCGUGGCCGUGGCUUUGCUGCUGAAAUCCGCAUGGUGGGCCAGUCUGGACCCCCACACGAGCCCAAAUUUACAUACCAAGCAAAAUUGGGAGGCCGGUGGUUUCCUUCAGUUUGUGCAAGUAACAAGAAGCAGGGCAAGCAGGAGGCAGCAGACGCCGCUCUCCGAGUGCUUAUAGGAGAGGCUGAAAAAGCAGCACGUACUGGAGAGGUCACACCAGAGCUGCCAGUUUCAGGCAGUACGCUGCAUGAUCAGAUUGCCAUGCUGAGCCAUCAGCGCUUUAAUGCGCUCACAGCACGUAUCCAGCACAGCCUUCUGGGCAGAAAGAUUCUUGCCACCAUUGUGAUGAGGAAAGGAACGGACAGUCUUGGGACAGUUGUCAGCCUUGGGACAGGAAACCGCUGUGUUAAAGGAGAGGAGCUGAGUCUUCGAGGGGACACUGUUAAUGAUUGCCAUGCAGAAAUAGUCUCUAGAAGAGGCUUUAUCCGGUUUUUAUACGGCGAGCUGAUGAAGCAUUGGGAAAGCCCUGGUGAUCAGAGUAUUUUUGAAGUGGCGGAAGAUGGCAAGCUCAAGAUCAAAUCUGACAUCACCUUUCACCUCUACAUUAGCACUGCUCCAUGUGGCGAUGGUGCUCUUUUCGAUAAGUCGUCCAGUGAAGCCGCCAAGUUAAACGGGUCUGGACACAUGCCUAUCUUUGAGAACGUAAAACAGGGCAAACUCAGAACCAAAGUGGAGAAUGGUGAGGGUACUAUCCCAGUGGAGUCAAGUACGAUUGUGCCCACCUGGGAUGGCAUUCAGCAUGGUGAGCGCCUGAGGACCAUGAGCUGCAGUGACAAGAUCCUACGCUGGAAUGUGCUUGGCCUGCAGGGGGCGCUGCUCAGCCACUUUAUCCACCCUGUUUACCUGAGCUCCAUCACACUUGGGUACCUCUACAGCCAUGGUCACCUGACUCGGGCGGUAUGCUGCCGAUUGUCUAGAGACGGGGAUGAGUUCAGAAAGAGUCUACCAGCAAACUAUACUCUCAACCACCCUGAGGUGGGCAGGGUAAGCGUGUACGACUCAACACGCCAUACAGGUAAGACCAAAGAGUCAAGCGUUAACUGGAGUCAGCCAGACCAGCUCAGUGUGGAGGUACUGGAUGGUACCAAGGGCAAAGUGGACAGUCCUAAGAUGGAGGUAUCGCGGGUCUCCAAGUCCAAUAUGUUCCGUCUCUUCCAAGACUUGUGCCAGUGUGCUGGCCGAGCUGAUCUGCUGGCUUUGCCUUCCUACGCCCAUGCUAAAAUGGCCGCAACUUCUUUCCAGGAUGCCAAGAUGCUGUUCUUCCUGGCGCUAAACCAACAUGGAUAUGGUGCCUGGAUUGGGAAGCCCUUGGAAGAAAAAAGUUUUGAUGGAGAGGUCAGAGGCAUGGAGAGCAGGCAUUUAUGGGCUCCAGGUCCUUGGGCGAACCAAAGCAGCGCUGUUGACCCUAAUAGCUGCUCUAGCUCAAACAACAACUUUCACUGAGGGUUAACAGGGGGAGAUAGGUAUGAAUGGAGAACAGAUGAAGGGUUGGGGGGUUGGAUAAGUGGUGUGAAAGAGUGGCCAGCAGCAAGAUGGGAGACUGAGUGGUGUGAAGGGACAAGAGAAAAGUUACUCAAGGGAUGGAUGACGUUUAUCAGAUAGCGAAUAGAACAGGGUAAGCCCAUAGGUUUGUAAUUUGAACCAUAUGACAACGCAGAAAAGGGUGCUGGUAUGGCAACAGAACCAAAAACCUAAGGCAGAUUUAGACAUGAGGCAUGAGAAAAUACAGUUAUAGCAUUCUAAUAAUAUAUACAUUUUAGAAUGAUAUAACUACAGAACUUCAUUGCAUGUGGGUUUUCCUCUGUGUAUUUGUUAUCAUUGCAACCAUCAAAAAUACUGUUAAUUGACUGCAGUGGCCACAUAACUGCGUUAUAAUUCCCCUUUUCUCACUUUGACUGUCCUUGGUCAUUUUGAGUGAUUCUAAUUUUAAAUUUAGGUAAAACCCUUCUCUAUCAAGAAACAGGUUUUCAGAUAUUGCUUUGAUCAGGUCAAGUCAUAUUAAGUAAUGUUUAUCUCCUCAUUUAGAAUUCCUGUUUCAUCACAGUCAGUAAAUGUAGUGUGCAAAGAAUCAUUUGUAAUAAUGGAGGUUUAUUUUGAUGUACCAAUUCUUGAUUUUAUCUACUUUUAAUUUCAUAUAGAUUGCCUGUGUUCUAAUUCUGUGUGAGUAAUUAUAAAAUAUAUUUUCUUUUUGCAGUGCUUUCACACAGCAUGUGAAGUUCUACAUACCAAAACUUGACUGGUUGAAAUGUAUACAUAAUGUACAUACAGAUGCAUAUGCACACAGAUGUAUAUAUAAGGUCUAUUGAAUGAGUUUAUAUAUAUGUGUGUGUUUAUGUAUUUGUAUAUAUUGUAUGUAUAUAUUUUGUAACAAUUCGUAACUUUGAAAUCGAUAUUUUCUAUUUCUUAAUUUUUAGAAUAUCUUUUGAUACGAUGAGUGUUCUCUGUUUUAAACUGUUUGUGCUUUGUUUGUUAUAAAAUGGGGAGCUCAUGGCAGAUAAUGUAUGCAGUUGCACAAAGUCUACAUUCUGAUUUGUGACUGCUAGCACAAACCAAUCAUGCACAUUUGUGUGUGUGUUUGGGUGCACCUUCGUGGAUCUGAAAUAUUUCUGCCCCCUAUUUUUCCUCUAUUUUAAACUAUAAGAAUCUGCUAUGCUUAUGUUUUGUGUUCAGACACACUGUUAAUUGAUGCACUGCUUCAAGAUUAAAGCAAUAC